AUGCCUACAACUGAACAAUUAUUAGAUAAUGGACAAGGUGUUAUUGAUCCUGAUGUCUUUUUUAAAAUGAAUUCUCCUCCUGCUAACUUGAAAGACUUUGAAACAAAGUUAGAACAAUUUGUGGAUUAUCAUCAAGAAAAAAAGACACGUCUGGUUUUUAUUACAAGUGGAGGUACUAUUGUACCUUUGGAAAACCAAACUGUUAGAUUUAUUGAUAAUUUUAGCAAUGGUCAUCGUGGUGCUUGUUCUGCAGAAUAUUUUUUAGAAGCUGGUUAUGCAGUUGUCUUUAUGCAUCGUCAAUUCAGUCUUCAACCUUAUCAUCGUCAUUAUACUCAUAAUCCUUCUAUUGGAUUUUUGGAUUAUUUGGUACAAAAAGACGACAAUAUUCAAGUGGAUCAACAAUAUAAUGAUAAGAUGAAAACAGUAUUAUCCAAUUAUCAAAAUGCCAUCAAAAAUAAUCGAUUACUUUUAUUGGAUUUUGUCACACUUUCGGAUUAUCUCUUCAAAUUGAAAAGUGGUACUCGGAUUCUGGCUCGAUUACAAGAAAAUGCCAUGUAUUAUCUAGCAGCGGCUGUGAGUGAUUUCUUCAUUCCUUCUGAAAAAAUGCAUGAACAUAAGAUUCAAUCUGGUGGUGGAGCAUUAACUUUGACAUUGGAUCAAGUUCCCAAGUUUUUGACACCUUUAGUCAGUGUAUGGGCAAGCAAAGGAUUAAUUGUUUCCUUCAAAUUAGAAACUGAUGUGAAUCUCUUGGUACCGAAAGCUCGACAAGCACUUACACGAUAUGGUCAUCAGGUUGUUGUUGCCAAUAUGUUAAGUACUCGAAAACAAACAGUUACCGUGAUUACCAAAAGUUCACAACAAGUUUUAUCUCUGACUCCUGAAGAUAUCGCUCAUCAUGUAGAAAUCGAAAGUCGAAUUAUACCCCAGCUUGUACAUAUUCACGAUGGUUGGAUCAGUUCUGGAGCAACAAAAGCCUGUCAACAAUGA